CCAUUGAGCCAGUCACUGCUAAGUCACAUCCAACUAGUCGUUUUUUUAUCAAUUGCAUUUAGCGCUUACGGCCGUUUUUACUUGCGCGUCCAGAGAGACGUGCCAAGUUGCAUUUUUAAUUUUUUACUUCAAGCGCAGUUGCAAAAUGAUUGGAAGUAAAGUACUGCUGAUUGGUUUCUUAGUAGCUGGACUGCUGUUCAUCGGUAGUGCAUCUGCAGAGAAAAGAAGAAAGCAUCACCGCCGGAUAAGAACUACCACGGAGGCGUCUCCCAAGCUAACCGAUGAAAAUGUCGAAGGAUCCAGUCACGAAUUGAACGAAGAGUUAAAUAACAAUACAUCCCAAGAGGAUCUGUGUCGCUCUAAGCAUUGCGCUGCCGGACGGGUUUGCCAGGUCAACAAAGAUUCCGGGGCCGCCGAGUGCGUCUGCAUCGAAAAGUGCGGCGAGGAAAACGAUCCCCGCAGACACGUCUGCACGAAUUACAACGAGACCUUCGGGAGCGACUGCGAGGUUUAUCAAGCCAGGUGCUUUUGCGACACCAACGAUCCUCGCUGCAAGGGACCCGACUACCAGCACGUGCAUAUCGAAUAUUAUGGCCAGUGCAAACAAAUGCCCGCAUGCAAAGAAGAAGACCGGCUGGACUUCCCGCGUCGCAUGCGCGACUGGCUGUUCAACAUAAUGCGCGACUUGGCCGAUCGUCAAGAGCUGACGCAUCACUACGUGAAGAUGCAGCGCGAGGCCGAGUCCAAUCACACCCUGCGCUGGUCCAACGCCGCCAUCUGGAAGUGGUGCGAUCUGGACGGCCAUCCCCACGACAGGUCCGUCUCUCGGCACGAGCUCUUCCCGAUCAGAGCGCCCCUCAUGGCUCUCGAGCACUGCAUCGCGCCUUUCCUCGACUCCUGCGAUACCGAUAACGAUCACAAGAUCACCCUCAAGGAGUGGGGCAAAUGUCUGGAGCUCGAAGAGGAUGAUUUAGAAGAGCAAUGCGAUCAUUUGGCUGAGUCAGCGGAGGAUCUAACUUACUAGAGAUGAAAUUAUUCUACGCCUAACCAAAUAUGUAUUCCAGAAUUUUUAAAUACUUUAAUCACAAUUAAAUAUAUAUUAAUAUA